GACGAGGUGAACGACAGAAUCCUGGAAGAGAUGAUAAAAGGAAGGGGAUGAUAAAAGGAAGCGUGAACGAGAGGAGGGUCUGAAGUCUCUCCCCGCUCGUCCUCUUCGUCUACAUUCUGUAGACUCUGUCUCUCUUAGCUACAACAACAAGCUUCCCUCAAACUUAUCUCACAGAGAGAGAGAGAGACUUCUCUAGUUUCGCUGCAACCUUCUCUCUUUUUAGCAUGGCAAUUCAAAAAUACGAGAGGAGGGUCUGAAGUCUCUCCCCGCUCGUCCUCUUCGUCUACAUUCUGUAGACUCUGUCUCUCUUAGCUACAACAACAAGCUUCCCUCAAACUUAUCUCACAGAGAGAGAGAGAGACUUCUCUAGUUUCGCUGCAACCUUCUCUCUUUUUAGCAUGGCAAUUCAAAAAUGCCUUCAACUUAUUAUAGAGAGAAAGAGAGAGAGAGGGAGAGGAUUCUAGUUUUACCUGAGAUGGGUGAGUGUUGUUUCUUUGCCUAUCACUGAUUUCCACACGCGAGUGGUUUCUACGACUGGUUUUGGGCACCACACUCGAACCUCCUUGCUUCUUUCGAGAAAAUUAAAGGAAAAAAAAACAGAGUGCUUUACUCCUUCGUUGAUUCAUAAGCUAUAUAAGGACGUCUCGUGGACUAUGGAGGACGAAUACGAGAAACUAGUCAGGAGGAUGAAUCCUCCCAGGGUGGUAAUUGACAAUGAGUCAUACAAUAACGCGACGGUUGUCAGGGUGGAUAGUGCAAACAAACAUGGCAUACUUCUGGAAGUUGUCCAGAUUCUCAUUGAUUUAAAUCUCAUUAUCACGAAGGCCUACAUUUCUUCAGACGGGGGUUGGUUCAUGGAUGUUUUUAAUGUAACUGAUUCAGAGAGGAAAAAAGUCAGAGAUGAGAAGAUUUUAGAUUGCAUUCGAGAGUCUCUAGGUGAGGAUCCCUCUUGCACCCAUACUAUGAGAAGGUUCAUUGGUAUUCAACCAUCAAAUGAGCACACAUCAAUUGAGUUAACGGGUACCGAUCGUCCAGGGUUACUCUCAAAAGUUUCUGCAGUUCUUGACUAUCUCAAGUGCAAUGUGGUGAAUGUUGAACUCUGGACCCAUAACACUAAAGCUGGAGCAGUGAUACAUGUAACUGAUGAAGCAACUGGUUUGCCUAUUAAUGACCCACAAAGACUUUUUAGGAUCAAGGAGCUUCUGUGCAAUGUAUUGAGAGGCAACAACAGAAGUAGAGGUGCAAGUGCAACUGUUUCUUUUGGUUAUGCUCACACAGAGAGGAGGCUGCACCAGAUGAUGUUUGCCGACCGGGAUUAUGAAAGAGGUGAUCAAGGUUGCAUAAUUGACAGUCUUAAGCCUCAUGUAACUGUUAUGGAUUGCACUGAGAAGGACUACUCAGUUGUCACCAUUCGCUGCAGGGAUAAGCCAAAGCUUCUUUUUGAUACAGUAUGUACUUUGAUGGACUUGCAAUAUGUGGUUUUUCACGCAAACGUUGAUGCAGAAACACCUGAAGCUUAUCAGGAAUACUAUAUUCGUCAUUUAGAUGGAUGCCCUGUAAAUUCACAAGCUGAAAAGCAGCGCCUUGUCCAAUGUCUUCAGGCAGCAAUAGAGACAAGAGUUUCAGAGGGGCUGAAGCUCGAAUUAUGCGCCACUGAUAGAGUUGGCCUGCUCUCCGAUGUCACAAGGCUGUUUCGUGAGAAUAGCUUGUCAGUCACUAGAGCAGAAGUGACAACCAGAGGGGGCAAAGCAAUCAACACUUUCUAUGUGUGUGGUGCCUCUGGACAUCCUCUUGAUGAAAAGACAAUUGACCAUAUAAGGUUAGUGAUUGGACAAACAAUUCUUAAAGUGAAACACAACUCUGCUAGUCUGAACUCUGCUCCUCAAGAAUCCAGCACCAAGUUUCUCUUCAGCAACCUCUUCAGGUCCAGAUGCCUCUGUGUUUUCGGGCUUGUGCGAUCACAUUCUUGAUUUCUUUGUGUCUUCCAGUUAGGCUGUUAUUGCCAUCUCUUGUCUGUUGAAAGGGAGCAUAGAACAAAAGUGGCCAAUGCAAUUAAGAUGUUUCCUGUAUGAUGUUCACUCACAAGAUUUCUGCAGAUUGUAGUAACUUGGAACUUUUUAGGGAAGGAUCCUUGUAACAUGAGAAUGAGAGGCUUUAGGAGGUUGCUUCGACUGACCAUGAGGUGUAACCAAAGUGUACAGUGAUCCCCAAUAUGAAAGUCGUUAUUUGUACA